CUUCUCUCGUGCGGCAGUUCAUCACCUUUUUCUCCUCUUCAACUCCAUCCUUCCCCCCUCUCUCUACCCCCCAUCAAGAGCUCCUUUAUAGGUCUCCUCGAUCCCCUGAUCUUACUCAGGCCGCAUUGCCUGUCUCCUUACUCUAUCCGCGCCCCGUGGUUUAUCAAUAUUCUUUGUCUAUCCCGAGUGGCAACAGUCCGGAUCAUGAUCGUUUAGCUUAGAUCACUUAUUUUGAUUUAUCGACUCGGUUGACCAGGCCACGAUUGUCUUGCAAUUGCAGGAGAGCUUCCUUUUAGAGACGCCUUACUUUCUGUUCACCCCCUAUUGAUUGUUUAUUGCCCAUAUUGCUGUUAGCCAUUUGUUUUGGUAACGCAUUGUUGCAUUCAAAAUGGCCGGAAACAUUGGUGAUUACGGCCAGAUUAUUGAGUAUAUUCAAGAUCGUCUUUACUUGGCUUCCUAUGAGGAUGCACCGGAUGCGAGAACUCCGUUCCCAUAUCCUUCCGAGCAACCUAAGUCUCCAAGCAAGCGCUCCGCGAGAGCUCAGCCGAACACCCCCAGUCGGAAGAGGCGAAGCCCCGUGUAUUUCACAGUCGAUGAUACCUUGCUUUACAACUCUUUCCACGCAGACUUUGGUCCGCUCCACAUAGGUCACCUGUACCGGUUUGCGGUCCAUUUCCAUGAGAUUCUGGGCGACCCUGCCAAUGGCGACCGCCCAGUGGUGUUCUACUCGAAGCCGGACGCUCGGAGUCGUGCCAAUGCGGCAUGUCUUGUUGCUUGCUAUAUGGUCCUCAUUCAAUCAUGGCCGCCUCAUUUGGCCCUCGCUCCGAUUGCGCAGGCCGAUCCUCCUUAUAUGCCAUUCCGAGAUGCCGGGUACAGUCAGGCAGAUUUCACUUUGACUAUCCAAGAUGUGGUUUAUGGAGUAUGGAAAGCAAAGGAGCAGACACUGUGUGGCUUGAGGGAGUUCAGUCUUGAAGAGUAUGAGAAAUACGAACGUGUCGACAUGGGUGACUUCAACUGGAUAACACCUCACUUCCUGGCCUUUGCUUCGCCUCAGCACGAACCGAUUGACCCGAUCCCCCCGAAUACCCCCGAAUACGCCGCAUUGCCUUCGACAGUGUCCCAAGUCCAAGCAUCCAAAUUACCUCUUCCUUUCAAAAAUGUGUUGGCCCAUUUCGCGUCACGAGACAUUGGACUGGUUGUGCGAUUGAAUUCGGAAUUAUACUCGCCUUCAUACUUUACGGCCUUGGGCAUUACUCACAUCGAUAUGAUCUUUGAAGACGGCACUUGCCCUCCUCUGCCAUUGGUCCGACGAUUUAUCAAAAUGGCCCAUGAUAUGAUCACGGUGAAGAAGAAGGGAAUUGCCGUCCACUGCAAAGCUGGCCUUGGCCGGACGGGCUGUCUGAUUGGUGCAUAUCUUAUCUACCGAUAUGGAUUUACUGCCAAUGAGAUUAUCGCCUUCAUGAGGUUCAUGCGACCCGGUAUGGUGGUCGGCCCACAACAACACUGGCUGCAUUUGAACCAAGGCGCAUUCCGUGAAUGGUGGUUCGAGGAUAGCAUGAAGGAGAAGUUGGCCCAAAUGCAGACAGCUCCGGUCACACCCGGCCGUCCAUCCACCAAGCAGCGUGCGAACAACGGCCCUGUCGCCACACCUCCAAAUAACGGUCAUUCGAAGCGCGCUGCACUGGGUGAAAUAGAUCACAAUGAGGCUGCCGGAACACAGCACGACGAGAAUCUUCCGGCCCCAACACCCGGUCAGCCUAGGAAAUCGCACAGGAAAGACUCCCGCCACCACCCCUACGCCCGGACGACAUCUGGCAGCAUAGUAGUUGACAAGGACGCGAAAGCUAGAGAACACUCAGCGCACAGAAGCCAGCGGCUUAGCAGCGAUAGCAGUGAGAGUGAAGAGGAGAUUCAACUUCGCAUGCUUGCAAAGCGUUCAUCGAAGUCACCAGUGGCAUCCCCAAGCCCGCGGUCUGUUAGCUAUUCGGCAACAUUGACCACUAGCUACACAUUGAAUGAUGGCAUUCAUGAGGAUAGAGAAAACUGGGGCGACGCUGCAUAUGCUGCACCGAAGACUCCAGUGAGCUCUAAGGCUGGGGUAUCCGUUGCCAAGGUCCGCACCAGCCCUCGGCGUGUUACAGACAGCCGGAGCGAGACCAGAGGCGUCCGCAAGGCUAGUGGCCGAAUCGGCAGUGCCGGCAGCCCGACUCGUGUGAAAUAAAUAACACUGCAGUCUUUUUCGUCUUCCGUACUCCUUCAAGAUAUCCUUCUUCUGUUACAUUUUAUUUCAUUCAUCUUACUUUGAGUCCAGUGUAUUGCUUCUGCUGGACUAUAAUAGUGCAUAUUGCAUGUGCCUCCUACUACCCAUUCGCAUAUUCAUGAUUCUUCUUUCCUUGUUCAUGUGUUUCAGGUCUUUGAUUAUCCUCGGCUUGUGGGUGUCUUUUGGUUUUCUGGUUUAAAAUCCAUGGGUCUGGGUCUGUGUGUUUCGGCGUCCGGGGAUAUUCUGAUGUUGGAGGAUUUAGAAGUUGGUAUUGAUGUGGAAUCUUGUGGCUAGCACCAGUGCCUAUACACUUGCAUUGUUCUUUCGCAAGCGUGGACAGCAGUCUUUUGUCUGAUUGCAUUGUGUGUCUCUGUACGUAUACGACCUACGUCGGCAUGACAAAUUCAGUUGAUGACGAUUCCAACCGUCGAGAAGUAGUAGUGUAUAAUACUUGGUAGCUGUAUUGCCAAGAGCAAAC